GUUGUCAGUCGUAAGCUUGUACACACUGUAGACAGAACACUCUCGAGCGAGCUGUAGCACUGGGUAUACCGUAGGACACACAGACAGCAAAUCAACCAUAAAACGGCAUUUCUUGAUAUAUUCUGGAAUUUAAAUUUCAUUUUUCAAUAAGUGAAUGAAGACCAACUUUUCAACAACCAACAAAGAACGUGUCUAGCUUUUAAAAGGAUUUGGAUUUUAUCCAGGAAAACUUCCUCUAGCUGUUCUUGCCAAGUUUAUAAACCAUCGCCAUGGCAGCCACAGCAGUUAACCCCGCCAAGCAGAUCUUGGGAGAAAUCAGCAAGGGCCCCAAACUCCAGCAUGUGGAGGUUACUGAAAAGAACCCCCUCCCCAGUAAAGAAGUGUUAGCGGAGGAGAAGGCUCGGCACAUUCACCUGGUCAGUAUCUCCGACUUCCCUAAAACCGACCUCAAGCAAACCUUGCUGAACGAAAAGAUGACCUUGCCUGAUGUCUGUACUAUAACACAGGAGAAGACUGAGACAGAACACAGGGAGAGUUUGCAGACAUUUGACAGAAACAGUCUAAAGAAAUCAAGUCUUUCAGAAAAAAAUCCCCUUCCUGACGCUGCUGCUAUCCAACAAGAGAAAACGGAGGUUGAACUUCGACAGAAUGUAGAGAAUUUCAAGAAAGAAGGACUCAAGCAUGUGACGCCAUGUGAAAAUAGCCCUGUUACUGAGGCAAAACUGGUACACAACGUCAAGAAGUUUGAUGCCUCACAGCUCAAACACGCAGAAACGGCAGAAAAAAACCCUCUCCCAGACCAGGAAGCAAUCAAUGAGGAGAAGAAAGAGCAGACUUUUAGGAAAUCUGUGACUGAUUUCGACAAGACAGGUCUCAAACACGCGGCUACUGUGGAGAAACAAGCUGGCCUUCCAGGGGCCAAAGAGAUUGCAGAAGAGAAACAGGAUGAGGGACUGAAGACGGCCAUCAAGACAUUUGCUCGGGAAAGUCUGAAACAGUCAAAGACAGAGGAAAAAGUUGUACUUCCAGACGUCGAAGUGAUCCUGGCGGAGAAGAGGGAGGAAGCGCUGAAGACCUCCAUCAAGGAUUUCAAUCACAAAAAACUGAAACGAUCUCACACUUACGAAAAAUGUAGUUUGCCUACCUGGAGUGCCAUCAGCCUUGAGAAACAAGAGGCAGAUUUCAGGAAGUCGCUGACAGACUUUGACAAGGCCAAGCUUGCAAAAACUUCAGUUCAAGAGAAGAACUCUCUCCCCGACCCAGCAGCAAUAGCAGCAGAAAAGAAAGAACAGGAACAUCAAAACUGUAUCAAAAGUUUCAAGAAGGAGGAUAUGAAACGCACAGACGUCCGUGAGAAGAAUAGGCUUCCCUCUCAAGACGACAUCAAGGCGGAAAAGAAGGGACAGUAAUAUGAACUUUCGUCUGCAUUCAAAGCCUCAAGUACACUGUGGUGUUACCACUUUGAACCAAUCACAGCUGCUGUUAGAACAAUUUUGAUAAAAAAAAACCUUUGUGAUUGGUCGAGGGAAGGUCUGAUUUCAGUUUCCGGGAUUCAUUGGUUGUUCUGGCAGGGCUUUGAAGAUACACUUAUGCAUGAGAACAGAAAUGGGCACCACAAAGGGGACACUCAAAUUAAUGGACCCUGAAACACAAGAAGCACUUUGCAGAGAGAGGUUUACCAUACAGAGAACAAGCAAAGGAAAACAUUCAAUACCUGUAAUAUUCAAGUCGUGUUGUUAUAUAAAACAAAACAUGUGAUAUAAAGAACAAAUGACUGCUGAUGUAAUAAGACUCACUAGAUGAUGCCGUUUGAUUAUCCCCCUUUUUAGUGUUUAUACAUCGGACUGAUGUGUUUUUACAACCACAGCAUAAUUGAUACCUUAAAGAACAAAGAUUGUAGUAGAAGUAGAUGCUGAGUAGAUUCUGUUCAUGGGUUAUGUCCCUUUCAUUGUAUAAUUUUGGUGUCCACUCGUGAUUUGUUAUGCAAUAUUUGAAGUUUCAUAAAGGGAAUUUAUUUCGCACAGGAAAAUAAAUAGAAACAAGGUAAACCAUGCAUGUAGAUUUGACCAUGCCUGUUGUAAGAUCUGAAUUUGACCCCUGUUGUAAGAUCUGAAUUUGACCCCUGUUGUAAGAUCUGAAUUUGAUGACCUGCAACUACAUGUACUUGUCAUUUUUAUGUGAACUUAUGGAACACUGUUUUCAGCUUGUGGAGUUUAUGGAACACUGUUUUCAGCUUGUGGAGUGUAUGAUGCAUAAAGUCAUUCUUUGUAUCUUUUUCCUUAAUGGUAACACUAACCUAAAACCUGUUACCAUGGAAACCGUCAUGUGACUAAUAGGACAACCAUAGUUGCCUGGAGACUGAUGUCAGACAAAUUUGUUUGUAAAUAGUUGCAUAAAAGUAUAGACUGAUGAAGCAAUAAUCAUAUGCAAUACUGUUCAAUAAUGCUAUACAUAGAUAUUUUUUAACACUGUUAGGACCAGUUCACUGUUGCUCAAGUGUUCAUUGUUUUGUUGAGAUCGUUUUCCACGGUUUGAUAUUUAAAUUGUUGACACUUAAUUUAGGAAACAACCUUAAGGGAUCUGACACCAUUCCUAAUUGCCAGCUCCUUUGGUUGGUGAUUGUAUCAGUGCUUUGUAUGGAGAGUUCCGACAUCUCUGUCUUUAAGGUGAACUGGAUUGCCUGUCAUGCUUUUCAAACUCUUCACUACUAGUCUCUGCUCCAAAUACAUGGUACUUAAGUGCCGCUUGUGGAGGGUUUUAAUUACAAGGGCAGAUAAUCCAGUCUAUCUUUGAGAGUUUCUGUACUAGAAUUUUGGUUGGAGGUGAAGAUUUCUUUGGUUUGAGAUUAACUGUACUUUUGUUGGAGAUUAAUUGAUAUCGUUUGAGAGUACAAAUGAUCUUUGACAAUACCUGUACCAGUACUUUUGUAGGGUACCAGUAGUAGACCUUUGGUUAGAGAGUACAAAGGAUCUUCUUUGACAAUACCUAUGCCAGUACUUUUGUAGGGUACCAGUAGUAGACCUUUGGUUAGAGAGUACAAAGGAUCUACUUUGACAAUACCUGUACCAGUUCUUUUGUAGGGUACAAGCAGUAGACUUUUGGUUUGAGAAAAUUUGUCCUUUGGUUUAGAAGGGAAGUUCUGCAGAUUUCAGAAAAGUGUAAAAUGAACAUUUUAAUUGAGAUAUUGACAGUCUUUGUAGGAAUUAAAAACAUGAAAUGUUUGUUUGCAAAGUAUAAAAUUCAGUACUACUUAUUUCCAUAUUCUUUUCCAAAAGGAAGCAAAAACUUUGGUACUUUUGUUCAACAAUGAAACUUAAUGAAACUUUGAUGUGCUGCACUGAUUCUAAGAAGAAGGCAGAAAAUGGAGGUUAUUGAUAUUUACUAAGGUCAUAAUAACUGGGCAUUUACAGUAGAUUAGAGUGGUCAGAUACCUGAGGAGAUGACCGUUAAUGCUGACCAGUGACAGUAGUGCUAGUCCAUUUUAGUUUUUGUGAUUUAGUUUGGUUCAUUGUCAGCGUUGUUUCAUUUUUUCUGUUACUUUGUUAAUUGGAUCUUCAUGAAUAAAACAUGAAAAUCCUUUUUCCUGAAGCUUUCCCGUUUAUGAAAGGUAAAUGUUGUCAUUGUUGUCCUUACAAGAUAUCUUGUGGAAUAAUCCAAUUGUUUUCUAAUUUGAAUUUACUACUGAAUCACCAAAUAUUUGAAGAUAUUUACUGAGCAGAUAUUUGUAUAAAGGUGACAAGUCAAAACAAUCGCGUCCAGAACCAUGAGUAACUAGUGUGUAUAUCAUAACUUUCAUAUUUAAUCUUUUCACUAUUUCUGAAUUAAUCCAUUUUUUUUGUGCUGCGUUUAGCAGGCCAGUCUGGUGUUAAGCUGUACAUGUGUUUUUGCCAAAAAUUGAUUUAUUUCCGUAAAAAAUAUGAAUUUAUUCAUGCGGAACUGUUAUUUUAUAUCUUUAAAGGACUGAUUGAAAAUUUGUUUUCUUUAUUCCAAAGUUUUCAAUACCCGGUAUUUGAAAUGAGUUUCAAAAAUUUUCAUUGAAGAAUCAUUGCACAUCGCAUUAUCAAAAAUAAUUUGAGUUUCUUCAGUUCAAUUUAGUAAUCUUUUUAGCAAUAAAAAAAUUCAAUAAAUUGUCAAAGUGAUCUUUUCCUUUCAGCCUUUUUGACCAAAGUUUGGUCUGACUAGAAACAAGGCCCAUAUUUAUUGUAUUUUUUUUUCACAAUUAACGUGUAGUAAGAUUUGUUUAGAUAAAACAUUAUUUAUACCACAUCUUUAUGGCCAGACUUGAUAAAUGCUUCUUCAUGUGCCUUGAACAAACCAUUCUGCAUAAAAAUUUCAAAGAUCAAAAUUAUGAUAACUAUGAGUUCUCUGUCUGGUCCGAGUUUCCACAUAACUUUUCCCAUAAAAUUUUGAAAUAGUUGUUGUAAAGAUGUAUUUUUGAAGAAUUCAGACAAAUUUGUUUUGUUGUUAAUUACAGUUAUGUAUUUUUGAUGGGUCCAAACUGUUUAAGAUUAAAAUGACUAUAUUUUGGAGUACAAUAUACUCUCUAAACCAAGAUAUAUUUUUGAUUAUCCACAUGUUAAUGUUACACCUAUGCCAUAGAUGUUGUCCUGCUGACCAGCCAGGCACACUUAAUGUACAGUAUAUAAUACUUCCAUCUGCAUGUAGUCUUUCUACUUUCAUUAGGCAUAAAUGCCAACAUUUUCAAUAAAAGCAUUAAAUUCAGA